GCCGCCUGCGGUGGCGGUUGCCCGGGGGAUGAGCUCGGAGAAGGGGAACGUGUCCCGCACGCGGCCCCAGCGCUACCAGAACGCGCACGCCUUCCGGAACGACAAGUACGACAGCAGCGCCCGGCGCAAGAAAAUAAAUGCUAAGCUUCAUGAUGGAGUGUGUCAGCAUUGCAAAGGUAUCUUGGAGUGGCGGGUAAAGUUCAGCAAGUACAAACUACUAUCAAAACCUAAGAAAUGUGUGAAGUGCCUCCAGAAGACUGUGAAAGAUCCUUACCAUAUUAUUUGUCGUCCAUGUGCUGGUAAACUAGAAGUUUGUGCUAAAUGUGGAAAAGAAGAAGAAAUAGUAAUUCCGAUUGAUAAAGGACAAGAUGGAAAUGAGAACGUGACUAGUAAAAAUGGCCAAGAGAACAGUGGAUUGGAGGACGAGCUUGAUUUUGAUACAAACUUCAGUAGUACAGACAGCAAUGAAGAUUCUGAUGUGCUUGAAGAACAAUUUAAAAGUAUGAAUUUUGAAAGGACAGAGAUCUAAAAGGUUUAGUAUGUGUAAGAGAUUGCAAUCAAAAGUGGUGAACCAAUGUUUGCCUUAAACUGCUCUGAAAACCUGGUUUGAUGUCUAAGGUCCUUGUGUAUAAAUGUUGACACUGUGUAUUAUGACACUUGUUGGGGGUUUUGUAUAAAAAUAUUUUUUUGUAUUAAGAGGAGAAUUUCUUGUGAAGAGAUUCUGAAAUUGAAUCUUAAAGCAUAGUUAUUUCUUGCAUACCGGUAACAAUGUCCUGUUUCUCUGGAAUAAAGCCUUUUUGAGUAGCUGUUCUAAAUUUAGUAUUACAUAUGUUGGAUUGCCACUUGGAAAGCUACAUGGAAGUCUAGAGUAAAUAUUGAGUCUUCUCAUAAAAAGGAAGAGUUAAACCAGCUGUGACAGUUUGCUGAAGACAGAACUUGGAACUUCUGUCAAUGCGUUUCCAAACAGGGUCAAAAUACCAAGUGGUCAUUACCCUUAAUGCCUCAUGUUUCUUUUCUGUCCAAAACCAGAAGGCCUAAAUGCCAUUACCAGUACAGUUCAGGAGCAGUUGUUGCCUAUUUACCAUUUAUAUGUAUUACAAAUUUGUGACCUUGUUACUACCAGUGUUUUGGAAGAAAAAAAAUGGAAGACUUAAACUUUCUCAUAACAGGUCUUAUACUUCCUGUUCCUUUGACUGCUGAUCUAAAGUAGUUUGCUGUGAUAUGGAAACAGUUGUGUAGUGUAGUGAUGCUUAGGUAGUUAGGCUCUUCGUGUUUUUCAGUUCAUUCUAGGGGUUAUUUCAAUGUAGAUUAAGCUCUAUGAAGAACUUCACUAAGUUUGCAGUAGCUCUUUUUUACGUGAUUCAGGAUGAUUUGAUUUCUUCUGUAUAGUCUGCUACCUCUGUAUAUAAAGCUGAAGAAGUACCUCAUAGAAAUUAAGUGGUUUAGCUUUUGUUUUUACUAACUACACAACAGCUACACAUCUGCUUUGGGGUUCUGCCUGAUUUGCAGUAAUGGGCAAGAGAAAAUUUGAAUCCCAAACUACUCUCUUCAAAUUAACUGUGAGGGACUUCAGCUCUGGGAUUACUCCCCACCCCCAGUCAAAGGGAGAAAUACUGAAAUUUUAUGCUUUGCACAGCCACCCUGUGGCUGCUGUAUUUGAGCUUACCUUUAAAGAAAAUCUAGUUACCAGGAUGUGGAGUACUAAGACAUUGAGCAGUCAAUAGCCUUGAAACUCUUCUGAUUUAAAGGACAAUUUUAUUAUUUGUAGUAGUAGUAGUAUAGUAGUAUUUAGUAACAUAUAAUAUAUACUAUGUAUUUACUAUAUAGGCAACUGCAAAAUUCCUUUAAUCAGUCAUGGAACAGUGAGCUCUUCCUAUUUUUCCUUAACUGUGUAGGUGCUUGUUACUACAAAUAAGGCCUUAAGAAUAAACUUUUUCUUGUAUUGCCUUUUAUUUAUUUAGAUCUGUCUUUUUGUUUUGUGUUGUACAUUAAAAUACCCUUUUACCUUUUCUAAACUUAUUUUAAGUUGCAUCCAAGUAUCUACAACUUGUUUUUGUAAUGAUCUCUAAGGACUAGCAAUCUGCUUGCUUUUUAAUUUUUAUCCUUUCAGUCCCAUGUAAAUCUUUUGCGUAGGUGGAUUUUUGCUAAGUGUUUUGUGAUAACCACUAGCAGUAAACAACUGAAAAACAUUCUACUGAUCUCUGUUCCCAUGAUGCAUCUUUUUUGGCUUUCCACUGAGACAAAGUCUAAAGUUUGCUAACUGUUUGGGUAGUAUUUGGUUUCCUUCUGGGUUUGCUUAUUAUGUUCGCAGUCAUAAAGAACUAUGACUGGUGACCCAAACAGCCCAUCUCCUUUCUCCACCCACUCUAUAAACAUGUUGUUUAUAAGGUAAACAACUAACUUUGUGAUUAAACACACUGGUUUUGUUUUUUUUUUUUUCACUUAACUGCAACUAAUAAAUCCCAAGAAAUUCAGAAAUGUAAAA